GUAAAUGAAACGUUGGUCCUUCAUUGACCAAUCACGCUACCGAUUGCCAAGUAGACAAACAGGAAGUCAGGCCGCUAGCUAAUCAUGGGAUAACUUGUUAUUGGAAGGCAUUUCCAAUUCCGACGCUUAUUUUGUUGACAGUAACGUUAGUUUGUAAGUGAAACAUACAAGAUGACAGAUAUGUAAAUAAAGGUUGAUAUGGCAAUAAGGAAACGACCUCCAGACAGUUGGACAAGCCCAGUAGUCAUGAACCCCAGUUCUCCCUGUGAGGGCCAGUGCCCUGAGGGUGACCCUCCAGAUGAUUGGUUCCACCUUUCCACCAUGUCUCUGGGAACUCAGGGCUCUGAUGGGAGCCAGGAUGACCCAGAGGAACCUGAGGAGAGAGGCAGACUCAAGUCCAAGUUGGUGUCGGCAUGGAACAAUGUCAAAUAUGGCUGGUCGUUCAAGUCAAAGGCCCGCUUCAGCAAGACCUCUCCUCUGACCAUGCUUGGACAGUCUUAUCUGCUCAGUCAUGGAGUGGAGAGGGAGUGCUUUCGCCAGGCCUUUGCCACUCUGCUGUGGCUGACGUACAGGCGGGGCUUCCCACAGCUGGAUGGUUCCUCUCUGACCACAGACAGUGGGUGGGGCUGCAUGCUGCGCAGUGGACAGAUGCUGCUGGCACAGGGGCUGCUGCUACACCUGCUGCCGCCAGGCUGGACCUGGCUCUCUGCCAACCAUGUGUCCAAAGAUGACAUGGAGGUACAGGAGUCUCGCUCCUUGGGUCCAGAGGUGACUAAGAAGGGAAGGAGGAAGAGCAUAGUGUCCUUCCUGGAGAGCCGGACUGAGGUCACUCACAGACGGGUGGUGUCCUGGUUUGGGGACCAUCCCAUCGCCCCGUUCGGGCUGCACCAGCUGGUGGAACAGGGCACAAGCGCAGGGAAGAAGGCAGGGGACUGGUACGGCCCCUCCAUCGUAGCACACAUUCUUCGUAAGGCUGUUGACGCAGCAUCAGCAGAGGUGUCCAAUCUGACAGUGUAUGUAGCACAGGACUGCACUGUGUACAUAGAUGAUGUGGUGAGGCUGUGUGAGAGACCUCUAUCUGAGGGCUCCACAGGACCCAGUCCAGCCUGGAAGUCUGUCAUCAUCCUGGUCCCUGUGCGCCUGGGAGGAGAAGUCCUCAACACCACCUACAUCAAAUGUGUCAAAAAUCUCCUGAGGUUAGAAUGCUGCAUUGGAAUCAUUGGUGGCAAACCCAAGCACUCUCUGUUCUUCGUUGGGUACCAAGACGAACAGCUGCUGUACUUGGACCCCCACUACAGCCAGUCCACAGUAGAUAUUACACAGGAUAACUUCCCCUUAGAGUCGUUUCACUGUAAGUGUCCCAGGAAGAUCUCCUUCAGUCGCAUGGAUCCCAGCUGCACUAUAGGCUUCUAUGCCAAGAGCCAGAAGGAAUUUGAGUUACUGUGUUCAACUGUUAGCACGGCUCUCUCAUCAUCAACAGAAAAGUACCCCAUCUUCACCAUUGCAGAGGGUCAGGGACAGGAUGGGGGGCAGGAGGAUGAGAGUGAUGCACCCCCAAACUCUAUCACCCACAUCCUGACCAAGGACAAGGCGAGGCUGAGAAGGACCAAUAACAGCAACAGCAUGGAUGAGUUUGUGUUAUUGUGAAUUAACAUAGCAGGUAUAAAAGUUCUAAGCUAGGUUGAAUUAGCUGUAUCCAUGAAAACCAGAACAUCCGGUUGUUGGCAACUCCGCUAAGGGUGCUGUGAACAGACUGACUGAAUGUGGCCAGCAGGGAACAUAAUUCACAUACCAACUCAUACACACAGUUACUGAACUGAGCUUUAUCAGUGGCAGCUACUGAUGGGGCACAUGCUCCAGCAAACGCCUUUAUCCCCAACCUCCACAGGCAAUAACCAGGCUGGGUGAGGUGUUGCUGAAUAGAACAGGCCAAUGACACUAUUCUUGUGUAUUUAUUAGUAUGGGCUAAUUAUUUGAUUUAAGGGGAUGUGUUUUUAUGAAUGUAACAAUAUUUUUUAAAUGAAGGUUUUUAUAUAAUUGUUUUUAAUUUUAAGGUUUUGAUAUCAGUAUGGUUUUGAGGUUCUUACGUUAAAUAACCUGCCUUCAACUUGGUUGUUUAUUAUUCUACAUGAAGUCAUGGGUGACUCUAUGCCUGGCUGAAAGACAGUAACUGACCCCAUUUCAUCAUUGUGUAGAUAGGUUGCUCAUCCCAUAGUCCUCUCCACUACAACCUUUUGUUGAACUACUUUGUAUUGAGUCUAAUGCUGCACAAUCUGGGCUCUGAGCUGCUGUUUGACAUCAUGUGACAGGAUGUCUGCUCUGUGAAUGGAUUAGGAAAUUGGAUUCCUUAGACCUUGUGACGUGCACAUGGAACCGGUGAAGGAAUCAAUUUGUCUUCUUAGAGAUGUGUUGGUUUUCUGUGGUUGAGUGGGGAGAGUAUAAAAUAAUAAUUUCAACAAAGAGGCACAUUCUGAGCAAUAUGGGGUUGCAUUUGCCCUGUUUUUGGAAUGAAUAUUUUUUACAUGGAAAAUGAGUGGCACAAUGCACUCAAUAAAAGCUCAGUAACUCAGUCAACUUCAUCAGACUGAUUUUAGUUUAGGCCAUACAAAUUUGAAUUACAUGUUUAACGGAUA